GCGCGAGCAGGGGGCGUCCCGGCCCCGCCGCCCGCCCGGGGGGCUAUGGCCAUGGUGACCGGCGGCUGGGCCGGGCCCGGCGGCGACGCGAACGGCGUGGACAAGGCGGGAGGCUACCCGCGGGCGGCCGAGGAGGACUCGGCCUCGCCCCCAGGGGUGGCCAGCGACGCGGAGCCUGGCGACGAAGAGCGGCCGGGGCUGCAGGUGGACUGCGUGGUGUGCGGGGACAAGUCGAGCGGCAAGCACUACGGGGUCUUCACCUGCGAGGGCUGCAAGAGCUUCUUCAAGCGGAGCAUCCGCCGCAACCUCAGCUACACCUGCCGGUCCAACCGUGACUGCCAGAUCGAUCAGCAUCACCGGAACCAGUGCCAGUACUGCCGCCUCAAGAAGUGCUUCCGGGUGGGCAUGCGGAAGGAAGCGGUGCAGCGCGGCCGCAUCCCGCACGCGCUGCCCGGAGCCGCGCCGCCCCCUGCCGGCAGCCCCCCGGGCUCGGCGCUGGCGGCGGGCGGGGACGCGUUCCCGGGGCCGCCGGUGUCCGAGCUGAUAGCGCAGCUGCUGCGCGCCGAGCCCUACCCGGCGGCGGCCGGGCGCUUCGGCGGCGGCGCGGUGCUGGGCAUCGACAACGUGUGCGAGCUGGCAGCGCGCCUGCUGUUCAGCACCGUGGAGUGGGCGCGCCACGCGCCCUUCUUCCCCGAGCUGCCGGUGGCCGACCAGGUGGCGCUGCUGCGCCUCAGCUGGAGCGAGCUCUUCGUGCUCAACGCCGCGCAGGCCGCGCUGCCCCUGCACACCGCACCGCUGCUGGCCGCCGCCGGGCUGCACGCCGCGCCCAUGGCCGCCGAGCGCGCCGUGGCCUUCAUGGACCAGGUGCGCGCCUUCCAGGAGCAGGUGGACAAGCUGGGCCGCCUGCAGGUGGACUCGGCCGAGUACGGCUGCCUCAAGGCUAUCGCGCUCUUCACGCCGGAUGCCUGCGGCCUGUCAGACCCAGCGCACGUGGAGAGCCUGCAGGAGAAGGCACAGGUGGCGCUCACCGAGUACGUGCGCGCCCAGUACCCGACGCAGCCCCAGCGCUUCGGCCGCCUGCUGCUGCGCCUGCCCGCCCUGCGCGCCGUGCCCGCCUCGCUCAUCUCGCAGCUCUUCUUCAUGCGCCUGGUGGGCAAGACGCCCAUCGAGACGCUGAUCCGCGACAUGCUGCUGUCGGGCAGCUCCUUCAGCUGGCCCUACGGUGCCGGCCAGUGACCACGCCGGCCGUUUUUAAAGACUGCGGCGUCUGGCCUUUCUGUUUUUUAAAUGAUCAAAAACCAAAAUGAGACGGAUCUUCCGGCUGGUUCGAGCGCCCGGCAUCCCGGCUCCCGAGCACUCUGGGGCGCAGGCAGGCGCCCGACCCCUGGAGCCGAACCUGUGUGGGACACCCGGGGCGGGCCAGGCGGGCCGAUAAUAAAGACGUUUCCUACCUGC